ACCUCGUUCGAUCGUUAAAGCCAGAGGAGCAGCCAUUGUGUAAAAAGAACCCAAGACGCUCGGAUAGUGCACGCAGAGGACCGGAUCGCCGGACGUAGUUUUUCCUUUUUUUAAACUUUUGUGAUAAUUUAUAGACUGUGCCAACGUAGUCCACCCUGACCAUUAUUGAUACGAAGCUGCAACAAAGACACGAUAUCAUGGAGGACGACCAGCAGUUCUGCCUUAGGUGGAACAACCACCAGACGACGCUUAUACAAAACUUCGAUACAUUGCUGGAAAGCGGUACACUGGUUGACUGCACCCUAGCAGCGGAGGGGAAGUACCUAAAGGCCCACAAAGUUGUCCUCUCCGCGUGUAGUCCAUACUUUGAGGGUCUUUUAAGCGAACAUUAUGACAAACAUCCAGUCUUUAUCCUUAAAGACGUUAAGUUCAAAGAACUCAAAGCCAUGAUGGACUACAUGUACAGGGGAGAAGUAAAUAUUUCCCAAGACCAAUUGGCAGCGCUACUAAAAGCCGCGGAGUCCUUACAAAUAAAAGGGCUCUCUGAAAGUAAAACUGGCGGCAGUGGUAGCACAAGCGGCAGCAGUAAGGCAGAAACAAGAUCCCAAAAGACUGCAGCACCUCAACCUACUGCUCCAUCGUUGGACAUUCCUCACCCGUCUUCCGGCCUCACCAUUGAGAAAAACAGUAAAGUUCCACGUCAAAGUCUGGCACAAACAUCUGUUGGCGAUUUACCUGAAGACUCUGCAAGCCCCUCAUUAUCAAAAGGCAUUUCCUCCAGGGAAGGCUCAGUAAGUCCAAACGGACGAAAACGUAAAAGAUAUAGGAGAAGAAGCUUGAACGAUGACAACCCAAUUGACAACCACGAAACCUCGAACUCGAGCGACAUGUCUCAUCAACCGAUGAACGUGCCCGCUCUUGGUGUAGCACCGGUAGCUGAUGAAAAAUCAAUGUCUGAAUCCGCCGACUCACUUGGCAGAUCAGCUCUCAUGCAACAACUAACCAAACCCGCCGACGAAAUGCUACAGAUGCCUGUUGAAAAACCUGAGCCUAAUGAUACCUUGAUUGAGCCAAAGUCUGAGUACCUGGAGGACCCUGAAGAAAGUGUUGAGGACUUGACGCUUGAUGACGACUUAAAUGACAUGAAUGACUUAGAACCAGAUAACAACCGAGCCGGACCGUCCCAUGAUUCAUCUCACCCUGGCAUUGCAUCGUGGCACGUAACUGGUGACCGAAGUAACGCUGGAGGCGUUGUCGGUUCAGUAGCUGGUGCACCAGGAUCUAAUGACGAAGUCUUUAUGGCAGCCCAGGAAGCAGCCAACGCUCACCGCGACUCUCAAGAUUGUAAGCCGGCCGUGACAAUAUUUAAAAUAAAAAAGGAACCUCAAGAAUUUACAGAAGAAUGUUCUCAAGAAAUAUUUUCGACGAUUAAAAUUGAAUCUGUACAAUACGCAUGCCCUAAUAUUAAUUGUAACCGUGUAUUUGAUAAACGAAAAAGUCGAAAUACCCAUUUUUCAGUUCACUGCAGACACCGACAUUAUGAAGAAACUUGCAUCCGAAUUGGGGACGUCAAGUACGCAUGCUCAAAUGAAAAUUGCGACCGCGUGUUUACGAGUAAGGACUCACGGUAUAUUCACACAAAAUAUCACUGCGGAAAACCACCGAGAUUCAAGUGCCCGCACUGUAAUUACAGAUCAUUGAAGAAACAAAAUAUUCAGGCCCAUGCCAAAAGGCUGCACUUUGAUGACGACACCCGUGUGAUUGAACUCUACAAGGCCUCGACAUCGGGCGCUGAAGGCCAGGACGCAAAUGACAGUUUUGAAGCUUUUGAAACAUUUCCGAUGCUUGAAAUAAUUCCGAAAAUCGAACCUGAUUUAAUUGACGUCAAGCCGCAGCCGCAGCAACUGGACAUCAAGCCGCGGAUAAGGGUCAAGUCGAAUAUUGAAAUAAAGUCGGAGAUAAAUGUGUCGACUGUUUCGGGUGUUGGGAUAUUCAGCUGCCCGAAUUUGAACUGCGGACGAACUUUCAAAAAUAUUGCGUCGCGCAACAGACAUCUCAAAAAAAUUUGCAACCAGAAACCGAAUUUCAAAUGCUCGCGCUGUGAAUUCAAAGCUUUACUGCGCGAAACUGUUGAAGAUCAUGCCAAGAAAAUGCACCGCAGAUGCAAAACUUCAGUUAUUGGGUUGAUUAAUCCUGUGGCAGGUGAACUAAUUUGCCCUAAUGAAAACUGUCAGAAAGUUUACGCCAGCAGAAAACGACUUGAACAUCACGUCAAGUAUGACUGCAAGAAACUUUUGCCGAGAUUCAAAUGCUACUACUGUCAAUUCAAGGCAUUUUUCAAGAGCCAGGUUAAGAAACACGUGAUCCGAAAUCACCCAUCGCUAGAAUGUCGGCUCAUAAAUUUAAUUUCUGAUGAUUAAGAAUCUAUAUACUAUCCCUAUUUACUAUAUACUUAAUUACAAUUAUUAUUAUAAAUAAUUACACAAUCAAUACGGAG